GCCCGGUGUGUUUUCAGAGGGAUUAUACAGUGAACAUCAUUCAUCACCACGGUCAUAUUUAGCUUUACACCAGUGGCAGACAUAUCCGUUACUGCUGUGACCGUGUCCAUCCUACUUUAUCGUUACGCUAUUUGGAGAUCGCGCGCUGCUGUGAAUAAAAUCAGCGAGCGAAGAGAGGAACGUGAAGAGCUGCACCGGGAUUUCAUCGCUGUGUUCCUACAGGGAGAAUGCCAUCUCUGUCAGAGCAGCUGCAGGAGGUGCGGAGUCGAGCCGAAGUGUGUCUGUACUCUGGUGGCAGGGUGGUGGAGGUGCGGGUUGGGGUGAUGGCUAUGGCUAAUCUGCCCUUACCACCAUGCUCCAAAUACUGCCACAUCGCUGCAGAGACCAUGGUCAUAGAAAACAGCUUCGGCAGCAACAGGAAGGAGACCCUUGCAUCUCUCCAGCGCCUGUCUACAGCAUUGAACAUUCUAGAAAAGUAUGGCUGUAAUUUGACAAAUCCCAACAGGCCAAAGUACUGGAGGACUGUGAAACACAACAACCCAGUGUUUAGGGCCACCGUGGAUGCUAUUCAGGGAGGACGAGCAGUGCUCUGUCUCUAUGGUUACUCCAAUCAGCAGCCAGAUGGGCUCAGCUUCCCUGAUGAUGUCACAGAUCCUGAUGUUGGCCGAGUUGCUGCAGUAACACUAGAAGUGAUGAGUCUUAGGAUGGAACUAGAGAUGCUUAUUAAGGAGGCUCAUCUCCACCCUGAGUUCUAUGAGAGAAUCAUUCCUACACUAAGACACAAGGAUGUGGGUCUCAACACUGAUGCUGUGGUCUGCCACUUCUCCUCCUCUUCAUGCCGCUCAGGCGGUCAGACAAAGUCUCUAGCCUUCCCCCUCCACCAUCAUUCCUCCAGGGACAGCAGUCAUGGCCAGUCUCUGUCCUCUAACCACCAUAGUCUCAGGUCCAUUCAGGUCUUUUCCAUCUCCUCAAACAAACACCCAGAGAACUGCGCUAUCUGUGGAAUAUUCCGCAUCUCUGCCCACUGCCUCACUUGCCUCCAGGGACUCUGCUCAGAAUGUGACAAACUGUACCACUCCUACCCUGAGAGGGCCAACCACCGUCGAACAGCUGUAUCAUCAUCAUCAUCAUCAUAUUCAUCAUCAUCAUCCCAAAACAGGAACAGUCACAGCUCUUCCACGUGGUGUUGCCUCCACUGCACUAAAGUCAACUCAGUCCAUAAUGUGCUGUGUGAGGAGUGUGAGCGCCCUCGCUUGGAACUGAUCAGCUCGAAAGCAGAUGAAUCUCAGCCUGCCACCAUCACUGAGUGGCAGUGUAAGAGCUGCACCAUGGUAAAUGUAGCCAGCAGCAUUUUGUGUGAAGUGUGUGAAAGACCUCGUUUGGCUACACGACCUCCGGUGACCCUGUCACACCCACCCAUCACCCCCCCCAGACCACCAGCACCAGUACUGGGCAUGCCUGGUGAUCCUGACAGCCAGUGGGUUUGCCAGUUCUGUACCUAUCUGAACUACUCUCCUGCCACAGUGUGUGAGAUGUGUGACCUAGCUCGUCCAGAACCCGCACCUCUGCCUGUGAAGCUCCGCCCCCCCUCCCCUGUCAGACGGGUCCCUGCCCUGCCAAUCAAACCCAAAGAGCCUGCUCCCGAAGACCUGGACUCCUGGAGGCAGAGGCUGAUGAAGGAGGAGGGACUGAAGCUGAUUCAGCUGAUCAGAGAUGGGGAGAAGAAAGGAGUGAGUCCAGAGGAGGUGUACACGAGUAUGAGGGUAGCAGGAGACAGCAGCAUCCUGCCAUGCAAGUGGUUAAAGACUGAGCUUCCUCUGCUGUUAGACCAGAUCAGGAUGCUGGUGGGAACAUCUUCCCUUAAGUCUGUUUCUGACAGCACCACAACAGAGCGCAGAAGCAGGUCAUGUGAAGCUCCUGCUGAGGAUGCUGGGAAAGAGAUCAACCCUGAAGAAACUGAAAGUGUUGUCCAGUUGUCCAGAGCAGAGGCCAAGCAGGCCUGGCUGACAGCAGGGGGUGACACUGAGAGAGCUGCCAGACAAGCGCUGAGAGACAGACUCGCCAAGAUAAAGGAGCUGUAUUCACUGGGCUUCAGUGAUGAGACUCGCUGUCAUGAGGUUUUGAAGCAGAGUGGUGGUGAGGUGAGAGGGGCCCUAGCCCUACUGCAGCGGCCCCUCCUGGAGCCCUUCCACAAGCGCAUUUGGAGUGACAAGCCUGAGCCUCCUGUAGACAUCCAUCACCCUGACAAACAGCGCAUAUGUCGGAGGUUACUAGCAGUGUACGAUCUCCCCAGCUGGGGUCGCUGUGAGCUGGCACUCUCACUGCUUCAAGAACACAGUGCCCCUUACUCACUGGAGGAUGUAGUGCAAGCUGUUCGAGAAUCCCAUGACAGAGAGUUUAUCAAGAGAGUGCUGGCUAAAGAGUGUCCCAUCUGCCUCUCUGUCUUCCCCCACAGCAAGAUGCAGUCUCUGACGUCAUGUCAGUGUUCUGUGUGCUGUGGCUGUUUCCAGCAGCACUUCACUAUUGCUGUAAGGGACAAACAUAUUAGAGACAUGGUGUGUCCAGUCUGCUGGGAGCCUGACAUCAACGACCCUGAACACCUCAACAGCUACUUCUCCACCCUGGACAUCCAGCUAAGAGAGUGUCUGGAGCCAGAAGUCUAUGAGCUGUUCCAUAAGAAGCUGACAGAGCAGGCUCUAAUCAAGGACCCCAAGUUCCUCUGGUGCUGUCAUUGCUCAUAUGGGUUCAUCUAUGAUGGAGAUCAGCUUAAAGUCACCUGUUUCCAGUGUCGCAACAGUUUCUGUGCUCAGUGUAAAAAGCCUUGGGAGUCUCAGCACGCAGGCCUGUCCUGUGAACAGUACCAGUCAUGGAAGAGAGAGAAUGAUCCAGAGUAUCAGAGACAGGGCCUGGCUGGAUACCUCAGAGACAACGGCAUCACCUGUCCUAACUGUCGCUUUCAGUAUGCACUGUCUAAAGGAGGCUGCAUGCAUUUCUGCUGCUCACAGUGUCGUUACCAGUUCUGCAGUGGCUGUAACAACCCGUUCCACACUACUUGUGCAGUGGAUGAGUGCAGUGUUUCUGGAUUACAUGCCCAUCAUCCUAGAGACUGCCUCUUCUAUCUGAGAGACUGGGAACCUUCCAGACUGCAGGGUUUACUGCAGAAUAAUGGAGUGGCCUUCAACACUGAACCUCCUCCUGGAACACAAACAGGUCUGUGUGGGGUGAUAGAGCAGAAGGAUGAGGGGGGGCAGCAGCCAGAUUCAGCUUGUGGAGCUCAGACCCAACCUGGACAUGCUGGACUCUGCGAGAAGCAUUACCGGGAGUACCUUGUCAGCCUGAUCAACAGCCAUUCCAUCGACCCUGCCCCCCUUUACAGCUCCAACGAGCUGCUGCUGGCUUGCAGGAGGUACAAGGUGGACGACAGCCGCAGGGACGGAGAAGACGGCUUCACCUACUACAGCAGACUGCUUGAGAAACUGAUGGAAGAAGUUCCGCUUGGUGACAAGGUGCCACGCAAGAAAUAAUGUUGACCUAUCAACUCAGCUACAGGAGACAAAAUUACAACAGUUUUCUUUAGGUUUUGGAUCUGUAAAUUUUUACUCAUGCCAAUAAUGCUGUAAAUACACAGGAGUGUCAACACUGAAGCUCUGCCUGAGUGCUUUUAAUGAGUUUAAUUUAAUCACUGAGAUAUUUCAUGUAGACAGAGUCUCUAUUCUAAAAGAAAUCGCUGCUGACUCUAACAGAUGACAGCAGCUCUGACAAAAUAUGUAAUGGCAUAAUAGAUAAACUGAUAAAGGAAUAUGAAUUUGUUAAAUAUGUCACACUUUGCUACUCUCCCAUAGGAAGAGAUGGUAUUUUGGAAUGUAACCUUUGAAUAUGGUUUUGGUAAUUGAAAAAGGCCAGCAUGAUGUCUUCUACAGGAAGUUUUUCAGUUUCUGUUAUUCAAUGUAAACCCACUCAUAAAGCGUACAAAAAUCCCUUUAAUAGGUUAAGAUUGCACUGAAUUGAACAGAAAAUAAGGCACUAAGUUAAAGUAACGACAGCCUUUUCCUCUGAAUGGUAUUCUUGUGUGCCAUGUUCUGGAAUACUGAGAGCAGAAAUAUCAGUAUGGUUUAAAUACUGUUGGUUUCAGCUGAUAGGUUUAAUCUAAAUUUAAACAAAGGGAGAAAAGGUGAGGCCUCUCUCUUUGAGUUGCCUGUCCUCACUGACUAUAACAUCAGUAAUCGUGAUAACUGUUUUACUGAUAUAGCUCUCAGCACAUUCACAUUAAUUAGGCAGCAUACUUAAUUGUAAGCAACAACUUACGUUGUCAUCCUGCUGCAUUUCCCUCUGUUGCUGCUGGAUGCCAUUGUUUAAUGGCGACCAGCUGCAUAUCAUGCCGACAUGAAAAGACACCUUUUUUCGUUUCUGAAGCCGGAAGUCACUGACCAAGUGCCAGUAUUCAACAACUUCGGAGUGAAAAUGGGUUGGUUAAAUCCAAAGUGCACAGGUUGUUGCAUAAAGAACACCCCUCUAUCUUUAAUAUCACUAUCAUGGGAAGCAAAGUCAUUCCACUGAUGUUUAAAAUUUUUCCUUUAUUACUUGUCACUAAACUCAGCACUUUUGUCCCUCUCAGGACCCUGUAGAUAUGGACAGUGAUCUGAAGGGACAUUAGUCGGGGUUUUGGCAGGUUUUGAUCAGAUUCUCUGAGUUGAAUCCUCACUGGAGCAGUCAGCCAUGCAGCUUAGGUUACUAUGGUCAUCUUAAAAAAUGAACCAGCUGUGUGAUACCAGAAAAUCUUUGGUAGGCCCAAAGAUAGCUAGUUAAUCCACUAAUCUCACUCCUUGAUACAGGCUCCAGGUCUGGAAUUACAUUGUCGUACCAUAAAAUCCUGUGUUUACUGCACACUUUCUAAUGGUGCGUUUUAUUCAUUGUGUGUAAAUUAAAUACUAUAUGUGCAUGUUUAAACUUGACAUGUGAGUAUUGUAAUCAUUUUAAAGAUAUUAACAGUAUUUACGAAUGAUUUCCUUGCACUGAUUGUUGCUGAUGGGGCGUUGCAGAUAAAUUCCCAUUUUACAAGGCAGAGAAGCUAAAGGAACCUAAUUUGAUUGGAUGCUGUGAAUGUGAUUAGUAUGUAGCAGUAUGCCUGACUUGGUGAAUGUAAACUCGUGUUGAACAAGUUUACAACUUGAUGAUGUAAAAAAAAAAAAAACA